CCAUACCGCAUCGUGAGAAGCGGCAGUCAUGGUGAACCCUAUCCUCAAAGGCCACAUUGCCUUUCGAAGCCAUAUUUAUACAUGAUUCCUAUUCAGGCUCGCCAUUCCAUGCCAACAGAGCAGAGGUAUAGCUUGAAACUCGGUCAUCAUGCUUGGUCGCGUGUUGUUGCGCCUUCUACUGGUGGCACAUGUUGCCCUCGCUGGGAAGUGGCAAGAAGAAAGACCAUCAAAUGGCCUAAAACCGCCUUGGGAGUCGCCCCACCCACCGGAAAAGGCGUGUUAUGGGAGGAUUUCGACCCCAAGUCACCCUUUCUUAAGAAAACAAUUGUAAACAUCACCUGGUUGCAGGUGCCCACGAACUCAUCCCGGAUCGUGGAACGGGCUUUUAUUAAAGUUUCUCUGAAUCACUGGCACCCGAGGGGCCUCCGGCGCAUCGUUGAUAGGAACGGAGAAUGGCCGGCAGGCUUCACCCUACCGUUGAUUCGCAUGCGGGGCAAGGAAGCCCACGGCACCAGCAAUAUUCUGGUCCUCCCGGACGGGCCAGGAGUCCCGGGGACGAAGAUGAUCGAGGAACGAGGCGAUGAGAUGUUCCCGUUUGUCGGGGAAAAGUACAACCUGGUCAGCUUCGACGCUCGUGGCGUGGGAGGGUCCGACCCGGCGAUCCGGUGCGGUCGUCACACUGGGCGCUUCUUCCCCAAGAAAUUCUACACCGAACAGUAUAAAGAUAUCUAUCACGACGCCAAAUUGUUCAUGGGGAUAUGCAGGUUAGGCGGGAAGCAUCACCUUUACGUCAACACGCCGCAGGUUGUUGAAGACAUCCACACCAUUAUGUACGGCCUAGGACAGGUCAAAGCGCACCUCUGGGGGUUCGGCUAUGGCACCAUCGUGGCCCAGUCCUACGCCAUGAGGUUCCCUGAAUUGGUCGGCAGGAUGGUCUUUGACGGUGUCUCUGAUAUGGAUCAAUGGUACCUGAGGAAGUACCACGAAACGCGAUAUCAAGAUACAGAUGCCGUGUUUCAGUAUAUGCUCCAAGACUGUAUCGACUUGGGGAGCGACUGCGCCCUCUCCAAGUUCGGGGAUAACUCACACAGUUUGAAGACUGCGAUCCUGACCUUUGGCAAAAGGCUCUCCCUGGGAAACUACCGGUUUGCGGAGGAUGCCAACUUCACCUACAACCAUAUGCUCAUAUGGAUAUACGGGAGCCUGGGCAGCAGAGCAAAGUUCUUGGAGAUGGCUCGACAUCUCGCCCGGUACAUGGAGAGAGACAUUGGCGACUCGCCCUUGGCCAUCGACGCUCCAGACACUGGGUUCCGCCGAGAAUCGGAUGCCGCAUUCUUCUUCAUGUGCAAUGAUGGGAGGAGGAGGGGCAAGCAGUUCUCGAAAGACGAUUAUCCGAAAAGCCAGGAGAAGUUGAACGAGGAGAUGGCGCCGUUCCUUAACAGCUCGUUGUUCGGCAUACACUCGUUGCCGAUUUACCACUUAAAGCGGUUCUGCACCGCCCAGUUGGAUUUGAGGGGCUUCCCGUACAACUAUGAUAUAAAGCCGAUUGUUCAUACCGCCGUCCCCCCGCUCCUGAUGACGAAUACCAUGGAUCCGUUCACGCCAAUCAGCUCGACCAAGUCCGCCAAAAUUAGAUGGCCAAACUCCAAAGUUGUCCAACUCACCACGUACGGGCACCUCACUAUCGACAUGGCGUCGACAUGCACCAAGAGGUAUCUUCGGAAUUACUGGAUGAGGGGAAUCUUGCCCGAGAAUGAUGUGCUGUGCAACGCGGGGCAAAGACCCCCCCCAAAAUGGAAGAAGAAGAAGAAGGGGGGGAAGAAGAAGGGGGACAAGAAGGGUGAUCGGUUUGAUACAGAGGCUGACCCUUCUCAAUCUGAUACAGAGGAUAAUUCUUAUCGAUCUGAUGUAGAGGAUGACCCUUCUCCAUCUGAUACAGAGGAUAAAGCUUCUCGAUCUGAUACAGAGGGUGGCCCUUCUCGAUCUGAUGCAGAGGCCGAUUAA